AACAGUAAUGGCCUUGGUGCGGGAGGAAAGGCUGAAAUAUUGUGAAUUUAAAAUUCCAAAUUUAAUGGUUGUGACUACUUUUGAACGGUGGAGGUUUUUCUACUACUACACGGCUGCCCACGUACGACAUGAUGUCAUCGGUCCUGGAAAACGCGUAUUUGCGCCAUAGAUUGAGGCAGAUGGAUCAGCUGUACCCCGAGCCGUCAUUGUUGGGCCACUGCGACUGCACGUCGUAUUCCUAUUUCGCAUUGUCCGUAGUUCUGAUCGCUGUCGGCACGUUGAUCACUGUUCUCGCCCUGGGAAAUGGUAACGGUUACCUGUUCACGACGAUGGGCCACAUGUGGUUGGUGGGGCCAAUCCUCAUCUGUUCGGGACUGAUGAUAGCUGUGAAAAGUGUUCUGUACCUAAGGAGGAAAAGUGUCAUACAGAUGCUGCUUCGACAGAGAGCUCUCUUAAGGGGACUCCAGGAGCUGGCGCAGCAGUCCCGGGGCCAGCAGCCGGGGCGGAUGCCGCGCAACCCGAGCACCGCCACGCUGCCGCCCGCGUACGAGGCGCUGAUGGGGGCGUCUGCGUCCCACGCCGGGGGCGUGGUAGGGGGCGGGGGAGGCGGUCCCGGGGAGCUGCCCCCGCCCACCUACGAGGAGGCCAUGUUCCUGGUCGGCGACGAGAAGCUGCAAGUGGAACUGGGGGACUGCAAGUACGCCGCGAGCUCUGACGACGAGCUGAACAAGGAGGCUUGCGCAUCGUCCCCCAGUCACAAGGGACACCUGGAGGUGCAGAUGGAGUGAACACGACGUCCCCAAGAGCCCUUUGGGAAAUUUCCUCCUCGUCAGGCCUUCCGAUGCAGAACGGUGCGAGCAAUAAGAAGAGGUUUCGAGCUAGAGUAAGUUUGAAGCGUGCUGCAUCCAAGCACGGCUCGAAGAAAAGAAGAAGAAUCGUGAGAUCGUGAUAAUUUUUGCAGCCUCUUCCUAUGCUACCUGUAGAAAAAAAGGUAUAUAAGAGAAAUAAAUAAAUAAAAAAAAUUCUGCAUUUAGAAUUAAAAAGCGUGUACACAAAGAGUAUUUGUAAAGUAUUUUUUCUAUUAGCUUGUAGAAUUACGAGUCAGUAGUGGGAGGGAACAGAAAAAAAACAUUAUGCAGAUGUUUUUGUGGUAAUCUUGUCUUCAUGCUACUAGUGAGGUAUUGAAAAAAUCAGAUUCUUGCCACAAAUAUAUUUUAAAAAAAAAAGAAAAGGUGAUAAAUCAGUUUGCUCAACCAUUUCGCAACCCCCUCGUCAACUUUCAGAUUAGUUUUGGAAGUGAAUUUAAUCUUGCAACUCAUGUGAAAUGAUCUGUAGUAUAGUCUUUAAAACUGUACUCUUAGACACAGCACAUGCGAUGGGUAUCGGACAGUUAAUAACACUAGAUUUUCCGUGUUGUAUUACAAUUAAGACUUGCUGUCGUCAAUUCACUUUAAGACAAUAUCCGCUUCAGUACAGGUAGCUCAGUAAUGUCUUCCAAGUCAACCAAAUGGUUUUUUUUUUUCAUGCAUGAUAAAAUUAAAAUCUUAAAAACUCUCCGUAGUGCUCCCUUUAUAUUGGGAAUUUUUUCCGUCUGCAUGUUAAUACUACAUAUCAUUAAUAUUAUCACCAGUUACGGUGCUAUACAUUACUCGACAAAUAUCAGCAAUAUGCAUGCUCCUACAUUCUGUGUCGUUACGGCACACAGAUGUCGGAUAUUGUUUUGUGGAGGGUUGAAGGAUUACUUUAAAUGUUUAAAAAAGAAAAUACACUAAGAGCCAGUAUCUGUAUUAUCUUUGACACAUCACGUAGCACUUACGUACACUGUUAACGAAUAUGUGAGGGGAAAAAAAAUUAUUGGCCUAUCUUUUGUAAGUGCUUUGUGUAUAGGGGCAUGCAUGCAAGCUUGUAUGAUGAAGUGAAAUAUAAUUCGUAGUUGUAUGUUUUGCAGAGUAAAACAAAUUUUUUUUUUUAGAAAAUAUAAUUUUAAUUUUUAUAUUCUUAUAGCUUGACCGAAUUUUAUUUUUUCUUGUCUUUGGCCGGCUUAAAGUUAGAGCAUGAACUGUGGGAAUGUUUUCCCUUGAGAUGGUCGACAGACCAUUUUUAUUUAAUUUUUUUUUGAAGGGGAAAAAAAACUACCCUUUUUCCUUUGGAUACAUUUUCACACAGUAAUUCAUUUUUAAGACGUUAAUAGUCAUAUUUUUAUACAGUUGGCUGUGAUUCAAUCAUAAGAUUUUAAUUUAGUUUUUAAACAUAAGUCUAGUGUGACCAAAUUCAACUUUUAAGUCAUGUUUUUGAGCUUAUAUCUAUAUCCUUCAUACUUGCUCCAAAUCACUAAAUAAAAAAAAAUCCUAGUCAGUAUGAAUUAUGAAGCUAGUUUUACAUUAAAUAUUUUCAAAACAAAAUUUAAAAAAUGAUGUGCCAAAAAAAAAAUUGGCUUGUUUUUUUCUGAAACAUUUGAAUGGAAAAAUUGUAUUAUUUACAAAAGGAAAUUCACUAAUUUCAUAGCAUCUCUCCGUAGAUUUGCACACACUCUUGACACAUUAUUAUUAUUAUUACCACCGUAAAAUACUUGCCAAUGUAAAAUACUGCAUGCAAUGAUCUAGCUUUCAAGUUGCUAAUUAUGCGAUGAACAACUAGCAUAAUCUGAUGGAAAAAAAUGUAAUUAUAAUUUUAAAUAAUUAAUCAUUUUUACCUUUAAA